CUAGUCAGUGUGGGACUAUGCAGGUCAAGGGCAGUUCCACAAAACACACGGCCUUUUCUUUUCUUCAUCCAACUCGUUCUUCAUCCUGCUAGUGAGUCUAGUGAAAGGAGAGGAGAGACGACUGUGCAGUGUUGAGGAGUUGCGACAAGAGCUUCAGUAUUGGCUCUCAUUUCUUAGAGCCAGUUUGGAUGCAGAGUUUAUACCCACAGUGUUGAUAGCUGCCAGUCACAUAGAUUACUGUCCACAGCGUCAGCAUGACUUGCAGCCUGUAGUCGAUUACAUGCGUGAGCUGUUCAAAGGCAAGAUCAACAUCAGUGAAGUUUGUUUUGUUCUCGACUGCAGGAGGAGCAGGUCACCUGAAAUGAAGCAACUAAAGAAAGUUCUCUGUGAUGUGAAGCAGCAGUUUCAGCAGUCUGCUCCUCUGUAUCCUCGUCUUUGUCAGCCAGUCGUGUCCAAGUUGCUUCCUUCUCUUCGUAAGAAACAAGAAGAUCCUUUCAUGGAGAAGGCAACACUCAUGUAGAGGAUUGAGCAGAAAGCAAGUCCAGGACAAGAGAAGAAGAUUGUAGAGAAGGUAGUUGAUUUUUUAGAUGAUUCAGGAGAGAUUGCUGUUGCCGGAAAUGUGGCAGCUCUCAAUCCUGCAUCUCUACAUCAUUAUGCCAUCGGUCCUCUCAUUGCUUCUAAGGAUUUCAAGUGGCACGUCAAGUCUGAAAGGAAUGAUGGCACAGUAACAAGAGAAGAAGCAGAAAAGUCAAUCAAUCGUUUUCUGAAAAGAUUAGAAGAUUCAAGUUCAACUCAACACAGAUAAUGUCCUUGCAAUAAGUAAAUCUCUUGGUAUCUGCUUCAAAGUGGAAGGCAGAGAUGACACGUACAUGUUUCCAGCUCUCUUGCCUCCUAAGGAUCUGUCUGUCAUGUGGAAGAGAGACGAGAGUAAGAAAGUGUAUGCCGGUCGACGUCAAGUAUGCAGCAGUCAAACGACCAUCUUCAGUCCAUCUGCAUUUGGCAUGUUUCAAUCUAAUGUUUGCACUUCAUUAGAUAAGAAAGCACAGCUGUGGAGGAAUGGACUGAUCGUAUCACAAGGUGAUUCUAUUCAUUGUCAUGUUGAAUGUUUGGUUGCCAUGGUAGAUCUUGUUCGUUCUGUCGACUUCGUCUGUCGUGGAGGUAAGGCAACAGAAGCAGAAUGUGUUUCCCUGCUCGACACUGUCAUGUCUCUUUGGAGAGAUAUGUUAGACAAAUACAGUCCAGGCACUGACUAUGAGACUGAAUAUCUGAGCAGAAAGCAUUUAGGGGAACACAAAGAACUGAAACAAGUUGCUGUUUACUCUGAGGAGGAAAUCAAGGAAGCAAAAGCAACAGGAAAAGGAGCAAAAGCUGCUGUAAAACAAGUAGUUGGUGAUGAGCGAGUCGUAGAAAGUCUUGGUGACUUGCUGGUCAUUCUACCCUCCAAUAGAAUGUCAACCACUGCAGUUGUUGUCCAUCCCAGUGCAGUAGUGGCAGCUGUCGUUAAGCACGGUUCAUCUCAAUGGUAUUUAUUUGGACAUAAAUUAGGUUUCAGUCACCACAAAAUUAAUUCGUUAUGUCAUGACAAAGUGACUGCAGAUUCUAAAUUGUUUGCAAUUAUUCAAGUGAAGACUGAACAAGUUGGUGAUGUGAAGAAGAUUGAUGAUCUGCUGUUGGAGAUAUGUGGACUGUUGCCAAGUAGAAUUGAUGGUGCAGUCAAAGAGGAGCUUGGAAUCCCCACAUGACUGUAGGAUAUGGGGUGGAUAUUUAUCAACACUAUAAUAGGCAUUUAUUAAUAAAAUCACGAAAUUGUUUAGUGUCAUGUCCAUAAAGGCAUCGUCAUGUGUAUGAUGUGUAGACUUGAAUUUUAUUUUUAUU